AUGGCUGUUUCUAUAUACUGCGCACAGGCGGGAUGGAUUGCUAACUGGGCGGCAGACGAGACUUGUGACUACUUCGCACUGCUGGAGAUUCCCCCAGACGCUACCAACCAGGAACUCAGAGCAGCAUAUAAAAAAGCAGCGUUAAAGUACCAUCCUGACCGGGUGCCGAUAGACUCUCCGGAGCGAGCUGAGAGAACCAAAAAAUUCCAGCAGGUGAAUGAUGCAUAUUAUACCCUAAGCGACAAGAACCGGCGUAGCGCCUACACCACCGCAUACAAUACCAAGACCGGGUACUUCAAGAAUGCAUAUGCCCCACCGCCUCAGUCAGACGAAUACUCGGCUGAACAGUUCAGCGACUUCUUUGAAGAGAUGCUCCGAGAGAAUGGCAUGAUGGGUGGUGGCCGUGGAGGCGUCGGGGCUGAAGACUCUGGGAGCGAGAGGUAUGACCUGAACGUGAGCGGUGCAUGGUUCUGGUCCAUAAUGGGCGCGAUUGGGGGUGCGAUAUUAGGCUUUAUAAUUGCGAAUACCGUGGGCAUGGUGGCCGGGAUGGUUGUGGGCAACCGAAUUGGUGCCAUCAGAGACAGAGAGGGAAGGAGUGUAUACUCUGUUUACCAAGAGCUGCCAGCAUCGGACCGAAUGAAGCUUCUGGGCCAGUUGGCUGCGAGGAUGCUUCGCUCGACUGUGUCCUAA